GAUACCCUGGAGAUGUGCACCCAGGAGAAUGAGUUCAAGAGCAUCCUCUUUGCCCUCUGCUAUUUCCAUGCUGUGGUGGCAGAAAGGCGCAAGUUUGGCCCCCAAGGCUGGAACCGUUCCUACCCCUUCAACACUGGAGACCUCACUAUCUCUGUGAACGUGCUGUAUAAUUACCUGGAGGCCAGCACGAAGGUCCCAUAUGAUGAUUUACGCUAUCUCUUUGGUGAGAUCAUGUAUGGAGGUCACAUUACAGAUGACUGGGACAGGCGGCUUUGCAAAACCUAUUUGGAAGAAUUUAUUAAGCCAGAAAUGCUAGAGGGAGAACUCCUCCUUGCUCCAGGAUUCCCUCUCCCAGGGAACAUGGACUAUAAUGGUUAUCAUCAGUACAUAGACGAUGCCUUGCCUCCAGAGUCUCCUUACCUCUACGGCCUCCAUCCCAAUGCUGAGAUUGGUUUCCUUACCCAGACCUCAGAGAAGCUCUUCCGCAUCGUGUUGGAGAUGCAGCCCCGGGACACCAGCAUGGGCGAAGGAGGAGUGGUGACCAGGGAGGAGACGGUGAAAGCUCUUCUGGAAGAGAUGUUAGAGAAAUUGAUGGAUGAGUUUAACAUUGCAGAACUGAUGGCAAAGGUGGAGGAGAGGACACCGUACGUUGUGGUUGCCUUUCAGGAAUGUGAGCGCAUGAACAUCCUCACCAGUGAAAUCAAGCGCUCUCUCAAGGAGCUGGAUCUGGGGCUGAAGGGAGAACUGACCAUGUCAAGUGACAUGGAGAACUUGCAGAAUUCCCUAUUCUUGGACACGGUGCCUGAGUCCUGGAUAAAGAGGGCUUACCCAUCCACAGCCAGCCUGGGCACGUGGUUUGCUGACCUCCUCACUCGCAUCAAGGAGCUGGAGGCCUGGACAGGAGACUUUUCCUUACCCUCUGCAGUGUGGCUUGCUGGGUUCUUCAAUCCCCAGUCUUUCCUGACAGCCAUCAUGCAGUCCACAGCCCGAAAGAACGAGUGGCCUUUGGACAAGAUGACCUUGCAAUGCGACGUGACAAAAAAGAACAGAGAAGAUUUUGCCAGUCCUCCUCGGGAAGGGGCUUAUGUCCACGGUUUGUUCAUGGAGGGUGCACGCUGGGACACACAGAGCGGACUGAUCACAGAAGCCAGGCUGAAGGAACUGACCCCAGCCAUGCCUGUCAUUUUCAUCAAAGCCAUUAAACCUGCUGACAAACAAGAUACCCGUAGUAUGUACCCAUGUCCUGUAUACAAAACACGCCAGAGAGGGCCAACUUAUGUGUGGACUUUUAACCUUAAAACCAGAGAAAACCCUUCCAAGUGGGUGCUCGCUGGUGUGGCGUUGCUGCUACAGGUCUAG